GGCAUAGACUCUUAUACAAAACAGAGAACUUUUGAAUUUCAUGUAUUUUGAGUUUCUCCUUUUUAAGAACCUUACUCUACCUUGAAGUUCAAUUUUAAUUUUUUCCAUUAUAUGUGUAUGUUUAUUUGCUUAUAGUCUGCCUUCUUUCACAAAUGAUUUGAGGCAGCCAAGCUUUAACUUGUUCAAGACUUUAGGUGGUGUUCAAACCAAUGAAGACUGCAUUCCUCAAAUCUUCAAAGGGAAAAUAAGAAGUUAUGCAGCAAAAACAGAAGUAUCAUCGUUUCCACAUUACACAAAGUUAUUAACAGGAGUGAUUCAGAUAUUUCCUGCAAAAUCUGCUGCAAGCAAAUUCAUUACAGACCCACGUAGAUUGAACAGCUUACGGCUAAAUAUAUCACAGGGAAGAAGAAAUGUAAACAGAAUUUUGCCCCAGUGCUAUCUGACUACACUAAACGAGGGAGAGUCUCUAGUUGAAGUCUCCACUAUCAUAUGGGAGCAAGAAAUCUGGCCUUGUCUCAAAAGUGAAUGAAGGUGGGAGAAAUGAAGAAAAAGAAAUAAAAGUAUGGUUGAUGGACAGUAUCUCAGAAAUGACCUUCCAUGGUUGUCUUUGGUGAUCCAAGUCCUUUUGAACAAAAUGAGAAGACCCUUGGAUAUCUUGAAUUUUUACUUUUCCAAAGAGAAAGUGACUGACAGCUCCCUGAAGCUUGCUGGGUAAGAAGAAAAGUCUCAGUUACUGAUGGUCACUGGAAUGAUGAAUCUCACUCACUUUAGUGUUUUUGCAAAUCGAGACCAUAUGAAAGAUCUCCGAAGGUACCUGGCAUUCAAAUAUAUCCAGUAUCUAGUCCUACCUUCUCCAAACAUCAUCGUCACUCUGCUGGGAUUGUUUGCCAGUGUGUAUGUCACACUGAUAUUAACAUUACCUUUUGUAUCCAGAAAAUCUACUGCAGUAUUUAUUAGUAACAUAGCUUGGGCAGAUAUCUUAGUGGGCUGUAGCAUCUUUUCUGCCAUGAUUCAAGAUGUGAUAAAGAGUGAAAUAUUAUCAUAUUCUGUUCAAUCAACCUUGAGGCAGAAUUUCCAGAUUGCAAAUGUACAUAUCAGUUCUCUUUUACUCAGCUGUGUUAGCCUCGAAGCCUUUCUGAUCACUUUUCUUCCAGUAGAGACACGCCACAUAAGAACGGUUAGAUGUGCCAAGGUGGCUUCUAAGAUCAUCUGGAUUGCUAUAAUUUCUGAAUGCUUCUUUUAUCAGAUGGAGUGCUUCAGACACAUUAGCAUCUCUUAUUUUGACACUCACAGGCAAGUUUCACUGUUGCUAAAUUGCUGUUAUGGAGCCACAAAACUGCUGAAAUCACUUGUUUAUCCAAUUGGACUAAUUUUAAGGAUCUUCAAUGUGUACCUCUUUUAUAAAAUGUAUUUCCGUGUUUUACCUUAACAAUACCUGAGAUGGUUAAUUGUGUAUCAACUUGGCAACUUGGCUAGGUAUAGUGCCCAGGUUUUUUUUUUUUUUUUUUUUGGGUCAAACACUAAUCUAGAUAUUCUUGUGAAGAUAUUGUAUACAUGUCAUUAACCUUUAUGAUUAGUUGACUUUAAUAAAGGAAAUUAUCUUAAGCAGUGUGAGUGCACCUCAUACAAUCAGCUGAAGGUCUGAAGAGCUAAAACCGGGGUUUCCCAGGAAUUAUGCCCUAUGAACAUCCUGCUUGAAUUUCCAAGCUGCUGGCCUGCUCUAAAGAUUUUGGACUCCAGACUACAGCAUCAAUUUUGCCUGAGAUUCUAGCCUGAUGGCCUCCCCUACAGAUUUUGGAUUUUCAUGUGAGAUAAUUACUUAAAAUUUAAAAGUUAAAAUUUUUAAAAAUGAA